UGUCGUUACCCCCGUCGAUUCUCUUGGAAACAGAGAUGGAGGAGAGUAAAACUGUUGAAUAUAAAAACAUCAGAAAGCUUCGCAAAAAAUUGCGACAAAUUGAAUACCUUGAGCUCUUGAACCGGGAACUAAAUGAAGAGGAAAUUAUCAAGGUAAACAGCAAAGACAACAUUCGUGCAGAACUUCAGAGGCUGUUAAAGGAAUAUUUUCCCGAUGAAGUUGAUAUUAUGAAAAGGACAAGAGGUGAGUUCAGCAAUGAGCCUCAAGAGAAAAAAAGUCGGAAUGGAGAAGAGGAUGUGGAGUUCUGUGAUGUCUCCCCCCCUUCUUUGGAAACUGCCAAAGAAGAGAAUCAAGAUAAACCUGCAGUUCCUUCACAAAUCCAGGUAGCAGAAGUUGUUAGUGCACUUAAGCCACAGAAGACAUCUAGGGCGACUCAAGCCCUUGCAGUAGGGGAGACAACUUCAAAACAAGAUGUUCCCCAAGAGAAGAUGCCUCAGCCAACAAAGGGAAAGCCAGCAGAGCCAACAAAACCAAAGAAAGAGCCAUGUAUAUGGAGAGAUACCAAUUACAAAGUGUAUACUUUGAAAGGUCAUAAUGACAUAAUUUUAGAUGUGGACUGUUCUGAUGGAUAUGUUCUGUCAGCAAGUCGGGAUACAACGGUGAGGGUUUGGCGUGUGGGUGGCAUAGAAGAAGAAAGGAGUCUGCGUGGCCAUAGAGCAUCAGUUACCUCGGUGGCAUUUCUUCCUGGAGAACUUGCAGCUGCUGUGUUGGCAAAGCUGGAGGCAGAGUAUGAUGAGAUCCCAUCAGUACAAGGACAACAAUCACCAGAAUGCAGAGUGCUAGCUGUGUCAGGUGGACUUGACUGUACAAUGAAGGUGUGGGAUGUUAUCUCAGGUGAAAGCCAUGGGUCCAUAUACACUUAUAAUGGAAUAACAUGCUUGAGUUGUGGAACAUGGGGCAUUGUGACAGGCACAGAGGGUGGUAAAUUGGAAAUAUGGUGUGUUUCAAGUGGCCAGCGCUUUGCCUUUGUUAAUGCCUUUGAGAGCCAAGUCAUAUCUGUUGUUGUCAUAGGAAAUGUGAUAUAUGCAGGAAGUUUUGAUGGCGAAAUUGGAAUAUGGAAGUAUGAUAGCAAGAAAAGAACUCUGGGAACUCAAUAUUUAUUGGAACCUGAAUCUCCAACUCAAGUGAAGCUGAAGCAGCUGUCUUGUCUAGCAGCUCAUGGUGACUGUGUGUAUCUUGGAGACAGUGGACCAAAUAUUAAGAAAUUUAACUGGAAGAAGAGUAGUGCAACACGUUUGAAAAAUCAUGUAGGGGAUGCAGGGAUGACAGACAGCUUAACUAUCACUCCGGAGGGACACCUUCUUUCUGCCUCCUAUUACAUGGAUGUAGGCUAUCCAUCAAUCAAUGUUCGCAGCAUAGAAAAGGAUGAAUACAUUUGCAGUCUUAUCAGUCAGGGCGAAGGACGAUACCUUACUAUGUGCACUGCUCAAGGGGUGAUUGUAACAGGAGGCCAUGAGCUAAAAGUUUGGGUUUCAGGAGCAAGUGGAAAGACUCCCAGGAAGAAUGCAGGAAUUGAAACUGUUCGACCAAGCUUUCUUCGUAAAUUGUCAGGUCCUGCUCAAGAAACUUCUGAUGAAGAUACUGACUUUGCAUCAACCACUGAUGAUGAUGAUGAUGAUAUGCAAGUGAGAGCAGGAGCAAAUUCUUCUAUGCUGAGUGAGAGUAAUGAUAGCUCAAGCUGGUGGUGCACAGUUGUAUAAUAUACUUUCACAGAAAGUAUAAAGUAUAAUUGUACUUGUUUAGCAGACCAAGAAAGUGAUCAUACUUUUGCAGUGUCAUAGACAUCUGCUUCUCCUGUGUUUGGGAAUGUUUAUGGCUGAUGUCUAUGGUGAUUGUCAAAAUUCAUUUACUUGAAAUUGAAAUACAUUUAUUUUAAUUAUGUGGACUAGAAUGACAAAUUAUUUUCUUGUAUUAUGGAAGAUAACAUAUUUAGGUGUUUCUUGAUGAUAGUGAAAUUGGGACCUUGUUUUGAUCUGUUGUGAUAGAUGUAGAAAGUGUGUUGUGCAGAUAUUGUUAAUUGACUCUGGCAGUAUAAUCUCUUUGUUUAUUUUAACUCUAUGAUGUGCAGCAUUGUGUUUAUUUUGUUUUCUUUGACUGCAUUUCCUAUUUAAUUCUUUGUUCCUGCUUUUUUGGUUAUUCUAUGUAUUCAGAAAUUAUAACAUUUGAGUUUUUUUUUCCUAACCUCUCUGGCCAUAAUUGGACCCUAUAGAAGAAUGAUUGACUUAGGAGUAGAAAAAUAUGCAUGGCCCAAGGAAAUAUGGGAUGGUACUAUGGACUAUUAUUAUAUGUAAUUUUUUCUUAAAUGCUCUAUCUAGAAAACUAAAAUACAAGUUCCUCAUAUAUUGUAUAUUAAUGUAGGUAUAUGAUUUAUUGUUAUGAUAUAUUACACAUAUUCAUAUAUACAGGUUAACAGAAAUAUAAUAUAUUUGAUGAAAAAUUGUUAUGAAACAAGAAUUAAUAUGAAAAGAAUGUUGACAUAAUUUUGUGUGUAAUUAAUGUAUUAUAUGUGCCUUAACAAGUACCAACUGAUAUUUUUUUGGAGGAUUUAGGAAAUUUCAUAAUUGAAAUUCUAAAGCAUUAAGAAGACUUAGGUAAUUAAAAUAUCUUCCUAUAAUUUCCUGAAACAAAAGCAACUUAUCAUAGUAAGAGUUUUAUAUUAUGUAGGAUUUUUAUAUUAUGAAGGAUUUUUUUUUUAUAUAAUAUUACCUGUCAUUGUUGCUCUUGACUAAAAGAAAUAAUUUGUUAAGUGAUUUAUAGUAUACUAUAUAUAGUUACAUGAGUUGAAUAAGAGUAUUUUAGGUGUGGACAAAAUAAUUUAUGGAUAACAAGUAACUAUUUUUCUGAGGUAUGAACUGUAAUUUAGAAUGUACAGAUAAAUAGCAAUAUAUUUGUUAUGUUUGAAUAAAGAUAAGAUAUUC